AAUGAAUUCAGAGCCUGAUCCCCCCUCAAGUCCCUCUCACCCCCAGCUGCAUCUUGGAAGGUCCCAGCUAAACGCAGCUGCUGGGGACCAUAGUGAGAACAGUCAGAAAUCUGGACCCCCUUCAGGAAAUUCCGCAACUUUUUCUUCUUCAGUUCCUGGUUACUCCCGUAGCAGGGAGAAAGCUGAAAAAAAGGAGGGCAUGAAGGAAGAACCUGAAGUGCUAUUUGAGGAACUGCUUGAGCGGGCCAAAGCUGGAGAACCAAAAGCACAAACGGAGGUGGGGAAACACUUCUUAAGAUUAGCAGAAGAGGAGGAUGAAGAACUUAACAAUUGUAGUGCGGUUGACUGGUUCAUCCUUGCUGCUAAGCAAGGUCGAAGAGAAGCUGUCAAACUGUUGCGUAGGUGCCUGGCAGACAGAAGAGGCAUCACUUCGGAGAAUGAGCAAGAAGUGAAAAAUUUAUCAUCAGAGACUGACUUGGAGAGAGCUGUGAGGAAAGCUGCCUUAGUCAUGUAUUGGAAACUAAACCCCAAAAAGAAGAAGCAAUUAGCAGUUUCUGAACUACUGGAAAAUGUUGGGCAAGUUGACAAUGAAGAUGGUGAGAAGCAACCUGGCCCAGUCCCAAAGUCCGUGCAGAAGCAGAGAAGAAUGCUGGAGCGAUUAGUGAGCAGUGAAUCUAAAAAGUUUAUUGCUUUGGAUGACUUUGUUGAAAUUACCAAGAAGUAUGCGAAGGGAAUCAUUCCAUCUAACCUGAUUAUGCAGGAAGAGGAAGAUGAUGAACUGGCAGGGAAGAGUCCUGAAGAGUUACCCCUGCGACUGAAGGUUGUAAAAUACCCGCUUCAUGCCAUUAUGGAAAUUAAAGAAUAUCUUAUAGAUCUUGCAUCAAAGGCGGGAAUGCAUUGGCUGUCUACCAUUGUUCCAACACACCAUAUUAAUGCUCUCAUUUUUUUCUUCAUCAUCAGUAAUCUGACAAUUGAUUUUUUUGCCUUCAUUAUUCCAUUAGUCAUAUUCUAUUUGUCCUUCAUUUCUAUGGUGAUUUGCACACUGAAAGUUUUUCAGGACAGUAAGGCUUGGGAAAACUUCCGUGCUUUGACUGACUUACUGCUUCGUUUUGAACCAAACCUAGACGUUGAGCAAGCUGAGGUGAACUUUGGAUGGAAUCACUUAGAGCCAUAUAUUUAUUUUUUACUUUCAGUAUUCUUUGUCAUUUUUAGCUUCCCUAUAGCAAGCAAAGACUGUAUACCAUGCUCAGAGUUAGCUACCAUCUCAGUUUUCUUCACGGUGACAAGUUACAUGAGUUUAAGCACGAGUGCAGAACCUUACACACGAAGAGCAUUAGUAACUGAGAUAGCAGCAGGUUGCUUAUCCCUCCUGCAGGUAUUACCUGGGAACUUUGGCUACUUGAAAUUUCUGGGUAAAACCUUCUUUACUGUUCCUGUGGGCCACUUCUUUGUGAUAAAUGUAAGCAUCCCAUGCCUUCUGUUUUUGUACUUGUUCUAUCUUUUCUUUAGAAUGGCGCAGCUACGGAAUUUUAAAGGCACCUACUGCUACCUGGUCCCGUAUCUGGUCUGCUUUAUGUGGUGUGAGCUCUCUGUGGUAAUCCUGCGGGAGUCCUCUGGCAUUGGGCUAGUUCGUGCAUCGAUCGGUUAUUUUUUGUUUCUCUUUGCACUCCCAGUGCUGGGUGUGGGUAUUGCGUUGAUGUGUCUUAUUCAUUUCAUUAAGUGGUUUGUGUCUCUAGAGCUCAUGAAAAUUGUAGUGACUCUGGUUUUAUGUGCUGUUCCUUGGCGCUUCCGAUGGUGGGCAAAGGUUAACUUCUCUGUAGUUGAAGUGGUUAAAUCCCUCACGCGAAGCUCGAUUGUGAAGCUCAUUCUGGUGUGGAUUACAGCUGUCGUGCUGUUCUGUUGGUUCUAUGUGUAUCGAUCAGAGGGAAUGAAAGUUUACAACUCUACCUUGACAUGGAAUCAGUACGCUUUCCUCUGCGGGCCCCGGUCGUGGAAGGAGACAAACAUGGCACGUACGCAAAUUUUGUGUAGUCACCUGGAAGGACACAGGGUGACGUGGACUGGGCGGUUCAAAUACGUGCGUGUGACAGAAAUCGACAACAGUGCAGAAUCUGCAAUAAACAUGCUUCCGCUUUUUAUUGGCGAUUGGAUGAGAUGCUUGUAUGGUGAAGCCUACCCUCUUUGUGACCCCAAAAACAUUACACUGGAGGAAGAAGAGCUGUGUCGUCUCAAGUAUUUGACAAAGCACAACUGCCACAUGAAGAUGUUUGAUAGGUACAAAUUUGAAAUAACUGUGGGCAUGCCUUUCAGUAGCAAAAACGGAACCAAGCCUAUAGAGGAGGAUGAUAUAACCAAAGAUAUCGUGCUGAAGGCAAGCAAUGAGUUUAAAAAAGUGCUGUUGAACUUGAGGCAAGGGAGUAUAAUUGAAUUCAGCACGAUUCUGGAGGGUCGGCUUGGCAGUAAAUGGCCUGUCUUUGAACUGAAAGCAAUCACUUGCUUGAAUUGCAUGUCUAAACUCUUACCUGCAGGGAGGCAUGUGAAAAUAGAGCAUGAUUGGAGGAGCACAGUGCAUAAGGCCAUUAAAUUCGCUUUUGAUUUUUUCUUCUUCCCAUUCCUGUCAGCUGUAUAA